AUGGCAGAACACACGGCAGAGCCCCAGCAUUUGGAGCAUUUGGCAUCAGGCAUCGGUGCAUCAGCUAUGAGUAGCUCACCUACUUCUGGAGAGGCUCUGGAGAAGUAUAUGGCUGAUGUUUCCUCUAAAUAUAUUUGUCCUCUCUGCAAAAUGUUUCUGGAGAAUCCAGCACAGGUGCCAUGUGGUCACAACUACUGCAUGUCCUGCGUUGAAUGGUUAUUAAGAAACAUCCCUGAUCCAGACUGUUUACUGUGUGGAGAGAAAAUAGUCACUGAUGAUGCAAUUUUUAACUUCGGCUCUAUAAAACCAGAUGAAGUCAAGAGCAAGGAAAUUGCAAGACUUACAAUCAAGGGUCUGAGGGAGGGUUUUCUUCAGUCUGGACCACUGGACCCAUAUGAGGAAGACCCAUUGACACCGUACUGGAACAGAUGGAAGCAUUCGUUUCCCAAAUACUUUGUGUCCCAUCCAUUUGCCCUGUGGUUCCAGCGUCCAGUUCGAGAUGCAGACGUUCCAUAUGGAGUUUCAAGCAGUUUACUUCAGAUGGCUGAGAGGGCAGACAGAGUCUCUCCGGAUGGCCCUGGCUCAUCUCCUGACGAAAAUGAAUUUCCCUUUGGUUAUCCCACCAGCAUCUGUGAGAAUGUGCCCGAUCACAAAUACCUGUGCAGCAGCUGUAAUAACGUCUUGAAGAAAGCCCAGCAAACGCUAUGCGGGCAUAGAUACUGCUCGGCUUGCCUGUCAUGGGUUGUACGAAACAACAAAAACCCAAUUUGUCAGAAAUGUAAUGCAGAGGAUCCUGGAACUGUAAAUGAAGGAAGCUUAUUGACAGAAGAAAGGGCUUUCAGUGAUGCUGCCAUUAAUAAAGAGAUUUCUGAAUUCAAAGUGCACUGUGGGAUCCCUGGAUGCAGUUGGUCUGGUAUCAUGAAAAAUUUUGAAGACCAUCAGAGCCUAUGUGAAUACGCUUUAAUCCCUUGCCAUACCGGUUGUGGACAAAUGGUGAUGAGAAAGAAACUUGCAGAUCAUUUGGAGAAUGGAUGUGUUAAUAACAUGACCACGUGCCAGAAAUGUAAACGGAGGUUAUCCAGUAAUGAGUACCAAAAGCAUAUGUGUGAAGGUAACUCAUUGAAGGAACAAAAACGGAUACACACAGAAGGACCAUCAAAGGAAAAGAACCAUUCAACGCCAUUGAACAGCAAAAACGGUUGUCGGUUUUCUGAGAUCGGCUGUUCGUUUAGGGGCAGCAAAGAGAAGAUAAAAGAGCAUGAAAAGACUGCAGUGGGGACCCACUUAAUGAUGCUGCUGCAGCAUAUAAAGCAACUCAGGGCCAGUUUGUGCCCUGCGGGUGGAGCUGCAAAUGGCAUCAUCCCACACUUAGCCACAGCAGAGUCUAAAGUGAAGGGUUUGGAAAGAAAAGUCUCCGAUCUCCAGCUCCAAGGGGCCCUGGAAGUCAGUGGAGAUCUGGAAGUGGACUGUUUUCCUAGCUCAUCGGUUUGUGAGGAAGAGUCAAUUCUGCAACGGCUGGUAAGGGAGAAAGUGAUUUCUGAGCUGGAAAACAAGUUGCACGUGUUUGAGAAUAUUGUGGCGGUGCUCAACAAGGAGGUGGAGACCUCUAACCUAGAGAUCGCAGCCUUUCGGAGGAAGAGUGGACUCGAUCAAGAUGUAAUACAAAGCCUGGAAUUGAAGAUUACAGAGCUGCACCGAUGUCUGACACAGAAAGAUGCAGGCCUGAGCAAACUCCAUAAGCGUCUCCAGUCUUUCGAACAAGCAUCCUACGAUGGAGUCUUUUUAUGGAAAAUUACAGAUGUCAACAGAAAGUACCAUGACUCUGUGACUGGAAGAGUAGUCAGUUUGUUUUCCCCAGCUUUCUACACUGCGAAAUAUGGCUACAAAGUCUGUCUGAGGAUUUAUCUGAAUGGCGAUGGAACAGGGAAAGGAACACAUGUUUCUCUCUUCUUUGUUGUCAUGAAAGGGGAGUAUGAUGCUCUGCUUCCAUGGCCUUUCAAACACAAGGUCACGUUUAUGAUGCUUGACCAAAACAACAGAGAGCAUGUAAUUGAUGCUUUUCGUCCAGAUCUGACUUCUGCUUCAUUUCAAAGGCCAGUGAGCGACAUGAAUGUUGCAAGUGGCUGUCCCAUGUUCCUCCCUUUGUGCAAAUUACAGUCACCCAAAUAUGCCUAUGUCAGAGAAGACACACUUUUCCUUAAGUGUAUUAUAGAAACAAAUUCAUAA